UUCGCCAUUCAUUCAUUUAAAUGCAACGUUGCCAUUCCAGUUUUUGUAAUCAUCCUUGGUCACUGCAAUGUUGCCAAUUCUAUCAGUUUGUCAGUGUCAGCUCGCUGUCAUUAUUUGUUUUUUUUAAAAUAAAAACAAUAAUAGAUUUUUCUAUAAAAUUAAAAACCUUGACCUCCAGUCGAUUGAUUCGUUCAUAAACUAUAAGAAAUUAAUGAAUUUUUGUAGGAAUUGGAUAAAUAUCACCAGCUGCUAAAUUUAAUUUACCUUUGUACUUGGAAAAUCCCAGUAUUUUUGUAUAAUAAUAGCUCAAUUUUAAAGUGCUCAUCAUCGUCAACAUGUCAGUCAACCAAAAUACACCAUACAGUAAAAUACACAAAAACAAAAGGGGAUCUUUUAAUCGCCCUCAAAGUGCUACAAUUAUGGAUAGCGAUUUUUCCACUGGAUUCAGGAGUGAUAUGGAGAAUGAUUCCUUGUCUUUGACUUAUAAAACUCGACUACAUGUACUGUUUAAUCAAAUUGAAAAAGAAUUUGAUUUGUUGUAUCAAGAAAACCAAACUUUGCAAGACAAAAUUGAAAUUUUAAACGAAAAGCUGGAAAAAGAUGCAUUUGAUAAACCAGAUUGUCCAGAUUUUGAAACUAAUUUGCCAAAAGUGCUCUCCAAAAAGCUAAGUUCUUCGUCUCAGAAAUCCAAAACGGCUCAUAAACUUAAAGCUCAAACAAGCAAAAUUGUCUCAAGCUUCAAAGCUCCUCAAUACAGUUCUGGACUGGUCAAAGAAUAUGUUGGACAUAAGGAUGGUGUUUGGGAAGUCUCAGUUGCUAGACCUGGAAUACCUGUCAUUGGUACUGCUUCUGCAGAUCAUACUGCAUGUAUUUGGAGCAUCGAGUCAACAAAAUGUCUACUUCAAUAUCAGGGUCAUACAGGCUCAGUAAAUUCAAUUAGAUUCCAUCCUUCCAAGGACUUAGUUCUUACAGCCGGUGGAGAUGGUAUAGCACACAUUUGGCAAGCUGCUCUCAAUUGGGAUUUGCCAAAAGGUCAUUCAUCAGAAGAAGAACUGGACGAAUGCACCGAACAACUGGUUCCCAAUGACGAUUCUCCUGAUGUAGGUGGGCCACAACGGGGUGCCUCCCUGAGAACACCGAUUGGCGAAUUGAUGGGACAUUCCGGUGCAGUUGCAGCUGCUGAAUGGUUAGCCGGCGCAGAACUGGCCAUUACAGCUUCAUGGGAUCGUUUGGCGAUAUUACAUGAUGUGGAGACUUGCACGCAGUUGUUAACUUUGACAGAAGUAAACAAACUGAAAGGAACUGAAAUGGAAAACUUUUUGUUGAAAGUGUUUGUCAGCCAGCUGCAGGAAAAAAGCGAGAUGUAUCAGAAUGAAUGCACAGUCUUAAAGAGCGACUUAUGUAAAAUGAAGAAAGAAAUCACCGAUCUCAAGGAUAAAAAUUCCACUGCCAUAUUUCCAGGGUCACAAACAAUAAGUCAUGUAUCUUUUGCUGACAAGGUUAAAUGUAAACCAGAGUCUAUAAUAAUUGUCAAGCCUAAACAAAAACAAGAAAGUGCUGAAACAAAGAGGGAAAUUAGACAAAGGAUCAAUCCAUCUGGAAUAAGUGUCUCAAAAUUCCGGCAAGGCAAAGAUGGGGCUGUGAUUAUUGGCUGCGAGGAUCGAAAGGAGAUUGUUUCUCUAAGAAGUAAAUUGGAGGAGACUUUGGGUGCAGAGUAUCUUAUUGCAGAGCCUGCUAUGAGAAAACCAAAGCUUAAAGUCGCAAACCUAAAUGGCUCUGACAUAGAUAGGGAUGAAAGUGAUGAAGACAUUGUGAAACAAAUUGUGAAAUGGAAUAACCUAACUUGUCAUAAUAGCUUUCAUAUGAGAGUUGUGAAAAGGAGUCAAAAUAGACACAAAAAUGUAGACCUCAUUAUUGAAGUAGAUCCCAUAACUCACAAGGUGCUUCUAGAUAGAGUGAAAAUCAAUUUUGGGUGGUCCAGGGCAUAUGUGUUCAAUCAUGUGCACAUUUUGCAGUGUUAUAAUUGCAUGGGAUUUAACCAUUGGGCCAAAGACUGCUCAGCAGCAAAGGUUUGUUCCAGAUGUUCAGGAAAUCAUUCAUUCAAGGAUUGUGAGUCAGCAGAUCUGAAAUGUGUCAAUUGUAUUAAAGGUCAUGAUCAGGAGCUGACUCACACUGCUAGCCAUCCAACUCAGAAGCUAGCAGUCACAUCGUCCAGAGAUACAACUUUCAGGCUUUGGGAUUUUAGGGAAACCGUUCAUGCAGUUUCUGUUUUCCAAGGACAUGCAGAGAGCGUUACUUCGGCAGUUUUUACCCGAGAAGAUAAGGUUGUGUCCAGUUCCGAUGACCGUAGUGUUAAAGUUUGGGAUUUGAGAAAUAUGAGAUCGCCAGUGGCUACAAUUCGAGUGGACUCUGCUGUCAAUAGAGUGUCUGUGUCUGCUAAUGGGUUGAUUGCCAUUCCACACGACAACCGUCACAUUAGACUGUUUGAUUUAAGUGGCGUGAGGGUAGCAAGAUUACCAAGAUCAAGCCGUCAAGGACACAACAGAAUGGUUGCUUGCACAGCCUGGUCUGACGAAUACCUCGGCGGUGUUAAUUUGUUCACUUGCGGCUUCGACAGAAGAGUAUUGGGCUGGUCGGUGGCUUCCCUCAAAGAUAUUUAAGUUACAAGUUCAAUUCGUUAAAGUUUCAUGUGAUAUAUUUUCGAAUUAUAUUAGAAGAAUUCCGGAAGAUUUACCAAUCAAAGUCAAAUUUAGUAGAUUGUUACUUACCUAAUGUCACUGGCAAUUUAUCCAUUUCACAUUUAUUACACUCCACAAACAUUCAGAAUAGGUACGUAAUUUAUAAAAUAAUAAGUUAUAUUUUUGAACAUAUUUGGGCCUAUGUUUAUGCUAGUUUGUUGAAAAUUAGGAUUUAAGGUUUGUUGUAAUCUUAUACUAUAAUAACGACUGUAGUUAGGUUUAUUAACAGUUAAGUUCUAGUCAGACAAUAAUGUUGGUACUGAUCUAUUUUAUUUUAUUUUUUGGUGUUGUAGUAACAUUGUUUUUGUCCCAUUAUGUUUUUGUAUAUAAUUUGAAAUAAAGAUGGAAAACAUUUUA